AACAGGCCUGCUACUUUUAUUUUGACAGCCUCGGAACGGAAGUGCGUCUCUAUAGCAUGGCAACUUUGGUACCAAAGUUGGCGACGCAUGUACCAUAAUGUGAGAUGACCCAGGACAAUCUAGAGCAGCAAGGGACCAACGGCAUUAUGCUGGUCAAAAGCCUCAAAGAGACUGCUACGCAGCGCAGUAUCGGCCGUGCAAAGGUGACCCAUGCAGUUGUGGUCAUCUUUUUGGAAUUCUUUUCCUGGGGCCUGCUUACAACGCCAAUGCUUACAGUGCUACAUGAAACCUUUCCAGAGCACACUUUCCUCAUGAAUGGGCUUAUUCAGGGGGUUAAGGGUUUGCUGUCUUUCAUGAGUGCCCCUUUAAUUGGUGCCUUGUCAGAUGUAUGGGGCAGGAAGUCUUUCCUGCUGCUGACAGUGUUCUUUACCUGUGCCCCCAUCCCACUGAUGAGGAUAAGCCCAUGGUGGUAUUUUGCCCUCAUCUCAGUAUCUGGAGUCUUCUCAGUUACAUUCUCUGUUAUAUUUGCAUAUGUAGCAGAUAUUACAGAGGAACAUGAAAGAAGCACAGCCUAUGGAUUGGUAUCAGCAACUUUUGCUGCAAGUUUAGUGACAAGUCCUGCUAUAGGGGCCUACCUCUCCGCCAAUUAUUCAGACAGCCUGGUCGUACUGGUAGCCACCAUAAUUGCUGUGGCCGAUAUUCUGUUUGUACUCCUGGUCGUGCCCGAGUCUCUACCAGACAAGAUGAGACUGUCAUCAUGGGGUUUUCCUAUUUCCUGGGAGCAAGCCGACCCCUUUGGUUCUCUGAGAAAAGUGGGGAAAGACACCACAGUGCUGCUCAUAUGUGUCACUGUGUUUCUGUCAUACCUGCCAGAGGCAGGGCAGUAUUCCAGCUUUUUCUUAUACCUAAGACAGGUCAUUAACUUCUCAUCAGCAGAAAUUGCAGCAUUUAUAGCAAUGGUUGGAAUCCUCUCUAUUGUUGCACAGACUUUGCUCCUAAGUGUGCUCAUGAGGAAAAUUGGAAACAAGAAUACUGUGUUACUGGGACUUGGAUUUCAGCUUUUCCAGCUGGCCUGGUAUGGCUUUGGGUCAGAAUCAUGGAUGAUGUGGGCAGCUGGCACAGUGGCAGCUAUGUCCAGUAUCACAUUCCCUGCAGUGAGUGCCCUAGUCUCCCGCUGCACUGAUCACGACCAGCAGGGUGCAGUCCAGGGAAUGAUAACAGGGAUUAGGGGCCUGUGUAAUGGUCUUGGUCCAGCUCUUUUUGGAUUUAUAUUCUUUCUAUUCAAUGUGGAAUUGAAUGAGAUUGGCCCAGUGGACCGUGACCCUGCCUCAACUGUCAGUGAUGAGAGUUCAGUCAUUCCAGGACCUCCCUUCUUGUUUGGAGCCUGUACUGUUCUUUUGGCACUGUUGGUAGCCAUCUUCAUUCCAGAGCGGCACAGUCUGGCGAUAAAGACCUGCAGCACACGGGCUGCACUGGGGCCAGUCGGCGGAACCCAGUGUAAUAAUUCUGCUCCUGCGAGCGAUGAAGACAACGAACCUCUCCUACAGGACAGCAGCAUGUAGUCACAUAAUUCAGCUUUUUUUUGGAAUAUGCAGGAAAUACAUGAAGGAGAGCAGUGAAAAUGUGCUCUGGAGUGACUUGGACUUGAAACAGUUACUGUUGUUCAUUUUAUUAUCUAAUAAAUUGCUUCCAGCAUUGUUUUUUUUUUUUUUUUUUUAAUAUUACUGUUUGGUUUAACAUAAGGUAAGUUCAUUUUUAUUUUUUUUGCCACCUGAGAUGAGUGUUUUAUCACAUACUGAUGCUUUGCUCUUUGUUGAGAGAGAGAAUGUGCCUUCACCAUACAUUUGCAAAGUCAAUGUAUUUGUAUUUACUGAAUGUAUACUAUGUUGUACUAUAGACAGCUGUUGGCUUUUAAUAUUUAAAUAUGUGACUCUGUAACAGUCAUCUAUAAAAAGAAAUAUUAAACGGCAUAACCUAUACAUAGAAACUUCAGUGUAUUCAAAUUCUUAUUAUAAAAAGACACUUUAGUAACUAAGAAGCUAGAGAAACUGAGACUUCCAUGUAUCUUUAAUUUGUUUAAUUGCCCCCUUAGAUACAAAAGAUGCAGAGUGCAGCUUAUCAUGUAGUCUGAACUAAACCUACAACAUAUUAUAGCUUUUACUGUGCAAUCUAAUGUUGGUUUGAGGCAAACAUAUCCAAGAAACUAUAUGAGUAGUGCACAACCUGUAUGCUAUUUAACAUAAUUUGACAGUUUUCCAUUUCAGCUUUUAUGUACGUAUAUGUAAAGGAAUUAUUUAUUUUCCCCCUUUUGAUGUAUGUAAUCAUACUUGUUGGUAUAACCAUCUCCUUGUGGUCAUCACACAAAUACUGCUACCUCAAGUUAUAACAUUGAGCAGGGCUUAACCCUACCUGAUCUUAAACAAAUCAGUGCUAUAUAUUACAAUGAGAAAAUCAUCACACUCCAACCUUUUUAUUAUUAUUAUAAUGUUCCCUUUCCUUAAUAAGCCACUCUAGACAUUCCUGCUAUAUUACUCAUUGUUGAAUAUACUCCGUGCCCUGCUGUAUGCUCUGCUUUAUAUGAAAUUAUAAGGUUUUGUUGUCUAAUACUGUGGCAAUAGAGAUAUCAUGCCAUUUUAUUAUUACAAUGCUGCAUAACAUGCACUGCAGCGACUACCAGCAUGAACUGCUUGAUACUAGAUGAACCAAUAACUCCUGUUUAAUUGUUCAUUAACAUUAUUUUGGUUAGCAUGAUUUUCCACUUUUCAUUUUGCUUGUUGCUACAGGGAUCUUCUAUGAUAUUCAACAUUUGUGUAAUUCCAUGGUAGUAGUAUUCAAUGCCAUGGAAUGUCUUUUACACUGCUAUACAACAAAUUGUAAAAAGCACACAGACAAUAUUUCGGUUGUUACUGGUUUUCCCUCGUUAGCUUUUAAGGCCUAAAACUUCACAUACAAAUAAGGAUGUCAAAUGAACAAAUGUAGUAACUAUUUUUAAUGAUGCAAUCAAUAAGUGUAUUGCAAUAGUGUCUGCAGAACUGUAUAGUUUUGUGUGCAUAUACUUAAGUCCUGAAGGAGGCACACUUUAGAUGACAAGAGGUCAAUGUUUUUGUUAAAUACCUGCACUUUUGUUUUAUGAAAAAUGUGCUAUUUAACCUGAUAUGCAGCAGUUGUUUUUUUUUUAUUCAUAGUUACGUGUUGCAGUGUAUUGCUGUCAGUGUGUACGGUGUACACAAAGUAUUUGUUUGCUAAACACUGCAACUUGACAUUGUUCAAUGUGCCUGUAGAAUGAUUUAAUUGAUUGUACAAGUAAAACCGUAAUUUCUCAA